CAGCUGCCCGUCAGGCUCUCCCGGCCCCUGCCCGCCGCGCCUCUCCCACCCGCUCCCUGCACAUUGGCUGCACCGCGGGCUGUGCCGCCGGUGGCAUCCCGCCCCUCCCGGCCCGGCCGUGACGGGAUGGAGGGCGGCGGCGGGGCUGGCGCGGCGCCGGGGCCGCAGUCGGAGUCAGAGCCGGGGCUGGAGUCGGAGUCACAGCCGCAGCCGCGCAUCGCGCUGCCGCCGCUCGGAGCGGACGCACCCCUCGGUUACCUGCACGUCCUGUGGCAGCGGGAGGAGCCCGCGGGCAAGAUCCCGGCCCGCCGCCUGCGCAGGGCCGCCCGCCUCCACCGGCGGCUGGGCCCCACGGGCAAGGAGGCGCACGCUCUGAAGAGGCUGCGUGAAGCUGCCAAUAGCAACGAUUUGGACACAGUGCAGCAACUCUUGGAGGAUGGAGCUGACCCCUGUGCUGCGGACGACAAAGGCCGGACAGCCCUGCACUUUGCCUCCUGCAAUGGCAACGAUCACAUCGUCCAAUUGCUUCUGGACCAUGGGGCUGACCCAAACCAGAGAGAUGGGCUGGGCAAUACUCCCUUACACUUGGCUGCCUGCACGAACCACGUUCCUGUCAUCACCACGCUGCUUCGCGGAGGGGCCAGAGUUGAUGCCUUGGAUCGAGCUGGCAGAACCCCACUGCACCUCGCUAAAUCAAAGCUGAAUAUCCUGCAGGAAGGAUUCUCCCACAGCCUGGAGGCUGUGCGCCUUGAAGUGAAACAGAUUAUCCAGAUGUUGCGGGAAUACCUGGACCGUUUGGGGAGGCAUGAGCAGAAGGAACAGCUGGAUGACCUCUGCUCCAGGCUACAGAUGACUAGCACAAAGGAGCAGGUGGAUGAGGUUACAGACCUCCUGGCCAGCUUCACAUCACUCAGCCUGCAGAUGCAGAAGAUGGACAACAGGUAAUGGGCUACCAAAUCAUCUUCCUGAAGCGGCAGGAGAAGCCUUAGAGAGGAAAGGAAGCUGAAGUUUGCUUCUCAGAUCACUGACUAAACAUUGCUGCCAGCAGCUAUUCCUGCCCAGACUGACUCUCCAAUGGUGCUCAGACUGUUCCUGGGGAAGGCAGCAGGCUUUGCACAACAAAGGCAACAGACAAGAAUGCUGCAGCUGUGACUUUGGGGUAAAAGAGCUGCUCUACUUUUUACCAGAUGGGCUGGCGAUGAAUAGGGUACCCUUUCCAGAGAUAUUUUGCCUUCUCCUGAAUACAUCAGCUCUGACUAGUGCACUCAGCAGCUGGCCAGCAUCACAGAAAUGCUUGGAACAGGCACCUUUUGCCACCUCCAUGCUGCUCAGUUGCAUGAGGGAGAAAGUGAAUGCCUUGAACAGCAGAAGGCUUUGUGCUAUGCGAAGAACACACAUUUAAUUCUGCAUGCUAGAAGCUGAGCAAACAUUCUGCCUUAGGAAAUAUGCACUGAGGCUUAAUCCUCACUGUCUGCAGAGCCUGCUGUCAGAUGGCAGAGAAUGUGUCUGGUUACAAAUGGGAUACAAAGUUUUUCAUGGCUAGACUAACACCUUUCACUGGACCCAUUUUUUAAGUCUGCUGCAAGUUAGUGCUUAAAUAUUACAGUGUAACACUUCCAAAAAUACCCAAGUACACAGCUAGCAGGUUAAAUCUGUCCUGUUGCGAGCAUAAGGAUUGGAGUGUGACAGUCUUAAUGCAGUUCUAGUCAGACAUCUACAUCUUGCAAAAAAGCCCCACCUUAACUAACAUUUGUGUUUCCUGUUACUGGCAGUCUCAGGCAAGAGGUCCAGUUGUCACAGGAGGUAUUGUGGACUCAGCUGUAUUAUUGGGCUAGGAUGGAGAUGGAUUUACCUCUGCCUCAGCAGCACCAAACCCAUUGCUCAGCCAAUCUAUAUCUCUUGCUUGUCAUGGAGAACCUCAAGUGGAGUGUGAGAAAUGAAUUAUGGCUUAUGCUGGGAGCCUGAAGUGAUGCAGCUAUGAAGGAUGCAGGGAAAUGCUCUUGCUGCUCUCUCACUUCUGCCCACUGUGGUUAGCAAUGAAGAGUUGUUGUGGAGCAGGGAUCCAGGAAGUCUUGUUGAUAGGGCACCAACAGCAACAGGGUGACAGGAACAUGUCAGUAGUGAUCUGAGUUCCCACCUGUGUUCCACACCAUGAUGUGCUGAUACCACACCUAUCCUACAGCAUGGGAGUCACUGGUUUGAAAGAGUUUAUUAUAAAGAUUCAUCUUAAAUAUGCAGCAGCCACAGUUUGGAGCAUUUUUCAGAGAUACUUAGGUCAGCAUACUGUCUGAUAUCUGCCUCUUGUUCAGAAAGAGGCUAAGUGGACCUCUGUUCAAAGCUGAGGUACCAGAAAUAGGCAUGGCUUUUAGAUGGGUUCGUCUGUGGGCUGCUGGAGGACGCAUCUGGGAGCAGCAGUCUCAUGGCUGGGCUAGAGCUGUCACUGUGCAUACUGAUACUUCAUUGUGAUGUGCUGGAUGGGAAGGAUGCCGAGAGGGUGGGAGACAAUCUGACCUUUUUGUAUUUUCAAUUUCAAUAAAAUCCUGUCAACCUUU